AUGAAAGAUCAGCUAACCGAUCGGGGACCCCAGCAUCCCCGGGGCGGGGAUGAGAAAGAGAACACUUUCCUGAUCUCACCCGGGGAGAAGCUGCGAACGAACCUGCUGGCGAGAGUGCCCACAUACCACCGGGUCUUUUUGCCUUAUGCUGGGGGAUGGCACGAGGGGGAGAGUAGGGUGAGGAUGUCUGACCCCACUUUCCCGGCGGGCGGGGGGAGGAGUUGGCCCGGCCCCAGCUGUGGCCGGUUCUCGGCCCCCGCCCCCCCGCCGCCCGCCCCGGCCCCCGCCCCCCGGCCGCGGCCGCUGCCGGCGCACUCGCCGGUCGCUGUGAAAAGGCACAGGCGGCGGCCGUUCCGGCUCCGCUCGGGUCCCCAGCGCCUCUCCGCGUCCGCACUUCUUUUUCUCCAGCUGCCCGCACCCGCCAAACUUGAUGUGACCCCAGUCCAAGACGGCGGCUGCCCCACUCACUGCCCCGCACGCCUCCCCCUCCCCCCACUCCACCCCGCACUCCCCGGAGCGCACGGGCCACUGACCACCCCCCUCCCCCCACUCCACUCGGGGCCCCGGCGCCGCUCCCCGCCCCCUCCUCUUGCCUCUCUCCCUCCCGCCUCCUCAGCCCCCUCCCGCACCAUGAGCAACCUGAAGCCGGACAGCGAGCACAGCACCAGCACCGGCACCGGCACCGGCGGCAGCUUGGAAGAGGAGGUCCGGACACUGUUUGUCAGUGGCCUCCCUGUAGACAUCAAACCACGGGAACUCUAUCUUCUCUUCCGGCCGUUUAAGGGGUAUGAAGGGUCACUGAUCAAACUCACGUCCAAACAGCCUGUAGGUUUUGUGACUUUUGACAGCCGUGCUGGGGCAGAAGCAGCCAAAAAUGCAUUGAACGGUAUUCGUUUUGACCCUGAGAAUCCACAGACCUUAAGGUUAGAGUUUGCCAAGGCCAACACUAAAAUGGCAAAGAGCAAACUGAUGGCAACACCAAAUCCCAGCAGCAUCCACCCCGCCCUGGGCGCACACUUCAUCGCACGGGAUCCCUAUGAUCUGACAGGAGCUGCUCUGAUCCCCGCUUCCCCGGAGGCCUGGGCCCCUUACCCGUUGUACACUACGGAGCUGACCCCUGCCAUCCCACAUGCUGCAUUCACCUACCCAGCUGCUGCUGCUGCUGCUGCUGCCCUGCAUGCUCAGAUGCGCUGGUAUCCUCCCUCUGAAGCCACGCAACAAGGAUGGAAAUCUCGUCAGUUCUGUUAGUCCUUUAGUCUUACCACAACAGCUUAACCCCCAGUCUGAGUCCCCACUGGAGCAUCCAGCUGGGGAGAAAGCCGUAGAGUCAAUUUGCAAAUUGUUUUGGUGGGCACCAGCAUUGGUGCUGGGCACUUCGGUCACCUCUGGUGCCCUCAUGGGGUGCUGCCAUCUGUCCUACCCCCCCAAAGACUGUGAAUUAUAAAACCAACUUAAUGGACUCUGUCCCAUUUUCUUUCUUUUAUUCUUACCUGCCAUUCCCACCCUGCCCCAGAGGCUCUCCUGAGGCCUGGCUAGAAGGGCACAGGGUCUUCUGGCUGAGACAAGGAGGCUCAGGGCUGUGGCCGACUGUGGGACAGAGCUGUUCCCAGGCCUCUGCCGCCCAAAUCGUUUUGUUUCUGUAGCUCUGCUUAAAGGAAACAAGACGUUUAAUUUUGCAUGUUUUCUGGCAUGAAUUAAGACAUUUAAACUUGUGUAUGUGCGAGUGUACAGUUUGUUCUAGCGUUAGUGUCACCAUAGCAACAGGUUUUGGCCCACUUACUGGUCCAUCAUUCCCCACCCCCUCUCUGUGCUCUCCUCCCCCACCCUUCAUCCCCCAUUAUCUCUAGCUUCUGUGAAGAGAAGACUUGGCUUUUAAACUGAGAAAUGAUUCCUCUUCCCAGUCUUCAUCUGCUCCCCCCAAGAUGGGCAGAAUUAAGGAACUACCUGUCCAGUGAUGCACUGGGUUUUCUCUUACCUUUUGCUUUAGGGUCCUCCUCUUUCUCCUCUGAUGGGCUCUCCCCAGAGACCAGUUGUCAGAUAAAUCUGUGUCCCCCCCCCCUCCGCCUUCUGCUGGAGCAUGUGCCCUUCCCUAUCUUGCCAGUUGCUGUCAUCCUUUCUGAACUUCCAGACAACCAAAAAAGUGCAAGUAUUUUUGUACCAUGUGUAACAAGGCUAUAUUUAUGCAUCAUAAAGGAUUUUCGUGUGUGUGUUUGUGUGCAGUUAACAAAGAGAAAUGGUUAGCCCUGUCAGAUAAGUUAAUGUUUAGUUAAGCUUGAAGAAAGGAGAUUCUGUUCUUCAGCGAUAAGCGUUUUUGUCAGGCAUUAGUUUAAAAAAAAUGAAGGAAACAAAUUGUGCAAUUUCAUUUUGUUUUUGUGAGCUUAUGUCAUAUUACCGCUUGGUCCUGAAGUGCUUUACCUAUUACCUACAGCUGUCUAGCUUGUAUUCAGACUUUGGAGAAUAGGUUGCUAUUAUCAUUGCUGAUCCUAUGAGAAUGUGAAACUGGAUAAUAUAUGAAAUGCAAAAUAAAGUAUCAUCCAAGGUGA